UUACUUAAAAGAAAAAAAUUAAAAUGGAUAACGAAACAAAAAAGAUCCUAUUAGAGUAUUUAUUGGACUCAUCAUCAAGCAGUGAAGAAAGCAGUUCAUCAUCAGAACUUGAUCGCUUAAUGAGCUCUGAUGAUUCUUCAUCUGAUGAGAACAACGCAAGCGUUUCGAAUUUUAUGAAAACUAUCGAGGAUUAUAGUGAGCUCGGUUUUAAAUCCCACUUCAGGUUGAAUCGCUCAACAGUAGAGAAAUUAAUAGAAAAAUACUCUCAAUCAGAUUUUUUUUCAUCAAGACCGAAUCAUGGAGGCAAAACAAAAAUUGAACCCAGAAAAGAAGUGUAUGUAUAUGUAUGGUACGUUAGCAACACUCUGACAUUUCGGCAAUUGGGAAACCUAUUUGGAAUUGCAACGUCGUCAGCAUGGUCUGUAGUUGGCCGUGUGAGCAGCUGGUUGUUUUCUAUAGGAAAUGAAUAUAUUAAGUGGCCACAAGGAGAUGUCAUUGACCAAAUUUCUCAUAAAUUUGAAACCAAAAAGAAAAUACCGGGUAUAAUCGGGGCCAUCGAUUGUACGCAUAUCACAAUUGCAGCUCCCAAAAGCAACAAAGAGGCUUACUAUAACCGAAAGCAAAACUUCACUAUCGUGUUGCAGGCCGUCGUUGACGCUGACAAGAAAUUCAUCGACAUAUGUGUUGGAGAACCUGGUUCUCUGCAUGAUAGUAGGGUUCUUAGAAGGUCUGCUUUGUACAAUCAAGCGGAAACCAAUUAUUCCCGGCUAUUUCCAUCAAAUACAUUUCUUUUGGGUGAUUCGGCAUAUGCUUCCUCAAACUGGAUAGUGCCGCCUUUCAAGGACUAUGGGCAAUUAACUGAUCAGCAAAAAUCUUUCAAUUUUAUACACUCAUCUACACGGAUGGUGGUUGAAAAUGCUUUUGGUUUGCUGAAAGGAAGAUUCAGAAGAAUAAACAAGUUCACUGAACAACGAACUAUAAAUUCGAUUAAAAAAAUCGUGGUUAGUGUGUGCAUUUUACAUAAUUUAUGCAUAUCCAAUGACGAUAACAUCACAUUGGAUGAAGAAGUAACACCACAGGAAAAUAACUUGGGGCACAACACAAAUCCCGAAUUGAAUACAUCCCGGAAUCGUCGUGAAACAUUGUUUACAUAUCUGUGUCAAACAAAUAUAAUUUAGUUAUAAUUAAAAUUAUAAGCUACCCACCAAAGUUCGAUUUCUUUUUUCAACCUAUGUAUUUACAUAUUUUUUUGCGUUAAUUCACAAAAAUGUCUUUGCAGAAAUGAUUCACAUCGCACCAUCAAUUUCGGCAAUCAUUCAUAAAUGCAUCAAACCAGCAUCACUUU